GUUUUUGUGAAAAGUGGCUCAAUGAACUCUCGUAUCUGGGGGACUACCUGUAAAUGCCUCCAGUGUGGAAAGAGCUUUACUGAAAGUCAAGGUCUCCGUAAAUAUCAAAGUAUUCACAGAGGAGAAAAAGCAUAUAAAUGUCGGGAGUGUGGAAGUAGCUGUAGUCAGAGGGGAAAUCUUUACAGACAUCAAAGACUCCAUUCAGGAGAGAAACCAUAUAAAUGCGUAGAAAGAGUUUCCGUGGGAAGGGAAGUCUUUAUCGGCAUCAAUCCACUCUGGAGAAAAACAAUACAAAUACCUUGAGUGUGGAAAGACUUUUAUUGUUUGUGGACACCUCUAUCGACAUCAAAGAAUUCACAUGGGGAAAAAAUGCUAAAUAUGCCCGAGUGGAAAAACCUUCAGUCACAACGGUGCCACUGAAAUAACAAUAGCAUUUAGGCUUAUAUGCCGCCCCAUAUGCUUUACAGCGCACUCUGGGAGAUUUAUAAGGUAAACAUUAUUUGCAUAUUGCCGCCAACAAUCUGGGUCCUCCUUUUACCAUCCUCAGAAGGAUGGAUGGCUGAGUCAAGGCUUGAGCGCUCUCAGAAUCAAACUCCAGGCUGUGGACAGUCUGCCUGCAAUACUGCACUACUUGAAUGUUUAUCACAGACCUAAGUACAGCUCAGUAAGACAGGUGUGAACUCUUACCCUCCAUUGCCAUCUCAACCUUUGUCAACAUGAGUGAACACUAUAUUCUCAGGAGUGAGUAAACUUAUGCACAGCACCAUUUAUUGCACCCUUUAUUGCUAUACUCUGUUUAAUGAUUGUGCUCGUCUGUGAUGCCAAAUAGUGGAAUUUGAUUAAAUUUUACACACUUUUUCAAGGGCUA